AUGUUCUGGGACCCGCUCUUCGUCCGAGGCUCAGAGCUACUCGGUGCUCCACCUGAUCAGCUCAAGCUCAUAUUCUCACUAUUGAUCUCAUACCCACUCGGCUCACUCUAUGUCAGGUUACCUCCCUCCAAACCGUACAUCGCUCAUCUCUUCUCCAUCAUCGUUUCCACGUUCGUGGUGGUGUUCUUACUGGAAAUGAAAACUGGGAUGUUACAUCUUUUGUUCAGUAUAGCAGGGACUUAUAUCAUUGCUGCUACGGUACAAGGGAAGAAUAUGCCUUGGAUGGCUUUCGUCUUCGUCAUGGGUCAUUUACUAUACAAUCAUAUAGAUCGAUAUAUGAUCGGUACUUCAUCUUCGGCAAUCGAGAUUACAGGAAGUCAGAUGGUGUUAGCUAUGAAAUUGACCACAUUCGCUUGGAACGUACAUGAUGGGAAACAGGAAUCAGAGGACCUUGAUGCAAGUCAGUUGGAAACUCGUCUUACUAAAUUACCAGAUCCACUUGCAUUCCUAGGAUACUGUCUAUUCUUCCCCUCUAUCCUUCCUGGACCAUCAUUCGAUUACGCCACGUACGAUUCACUAGUGCACCAUACCAUUUACCGAGUCCCACCACCCGGAUCAUCGGCCGAGCAAGCCAAAGCAGCGAAGAAAAGAUUACCGUACGGGAGAAAACGAGUCGCCUAUCUGCAUUUGACCAUCGGGUUGAUAUUCUUGGGGAUAUACGCUUCAUACGGUGCCAAAUUUGCUUAUGCGAGAAUACUCACUUCGGACUGGUAUAAAUGGUCAAUUGUCCAGAAGUUGGGUUUCGUUCAGUUGGCUGGGUUUUUGGCUAGGACGAAAUACUAUGCGGUUUGGAGUCUAUCUGAGGGAGCAUGUAUUCUCACUGGAAUUGGAUUUAAUGGUUACGAUCCCAAGACUGGAAGAACACUCUGGAACAGAGUCAGAAACAUCAAUAUCAUUUCGAUAGAGACUGCUCCGAGCUUCAAGGUGCUGUUCGAUAGUUGGAAUUGUAGGACUAAUGUCUGGCUAAGAGAUGUGGUGUACAAGAGAUUGACUAAGAAAGGGAAGAAGCCUGGUACGAAGCAGAGCAUGGCUACGUUCGUGACUUCAGCCUUUUGGCAUGGUGUUGAUCCGGGAUAUUAUCUCGCAUUUGUCCUGGGUGGCGUGUUGACCUCGCUAGGCCGUCAAUUCCGUCGAUUCGUUCGGCCUUAUUUCCUUCCUACUCCCGAGACCGCUCCUCCAACAAUCGCCAAAAGGGCCUACGAUCUGAUCGGAAGGAUUGUCGUACAGCUCACCCUGAACUAUACCGCAUGUGCAUUCAUCUUACUUGGAUUCAAAGAUUGCCUGGUAGCAUGGAACAGGAUGUGGUGGUAUACCCACGUACUCGUACUGCUCACAAUGGCCUUCUUCCAUUUCGGUGGACGACGAUCUCUACGAAAAGGAUUAGAGAGAAGAGGUAAAUUAUCUAUACCAUCAUCUGAAAAAUCGAAAAUCAAGAAAUCUCCUCCACCUACACCGAGAUUCAAGAUAUCCCCUCCGUCCCCUUCAAUCACACAGGAUGGUAGUGGCUUGCCGCCUCAACCUGAAGAUGAACGAGAUCCAAGUGAUCUAAGAUGGGUGAAACAUGCGUUAGACAAUCCCCCAUAUCAAGAUUCAGGGGAAGGUAUGGGUAAUGGUUUCAAUUCUCCUGAUGGAGGAUGGGUGGAUGAUUUGGUGGAAGGCAUGGAAACUCCUAAUCUGGAGAAGAUGAAUCCGUUAUCAGGUAAACGAGAUUGA